AUGUCGGCUGCCGUCAAAGCUGCCCUCGCCGCCCGGCGGGCUGCCAACCGCUCCCGCUCCACCUCGCCCUCGAAACCGGCUCAGUCGAGUGAUCAAGAGCCAAACCACCUCGGCUCACCCGCCAACCAACUAGACUCGGCCUUCAUCAGCCCCUUUGGCUCCCCCAAGCCCCGCGGCAGGGCCCUCGGAACGAGCACCGCAAACAGCGGCGCCGACGCCGCUUCCGCCGACGCCGGCGACGUGAUCCAGAAGCCCAUCGAAGACAUUGUCCGCAGCAGCGUCGACAACGGUCGAGCCAACCUCGCAUCGCGCUCGCCCGCCCUCACAGAGGUGCCCCAUCUCCUCCUCACCCUCCUCUCCGACGAACCGCCGACGUGGUUCCAGCAGAUCCCCGACGACGAGCGUGGGCCCUGGUACGCUCGCGAGGAGCUCCGCACGCUCCAGCUCGCCAACAACGACAUCCAGCACGUCAGCCCCAGAAUCUCCGAGUUCCCUCUGCUCAGCAGGCUCGAACUGCAGAACAACCGCAUCGCCUCGAUCCCAGACUCGUUCUUCCACCUCACCGCCCUGACCACCGUCAGCCUCGCCAACAACGGCCUCACCGCCGUCCCCACCUGCCUGCUGGCCAUCGACACCCUCGUCACUCUCAACCUCGCCCGCAACAAGAUCAGCAAGCUCUGGGAUGACGCCUCCGUCCUGCACGCUCGAGGCGAGCGCGAGCAGUGGGAUCGUGACCAGGCUCGGGCCGACGACAGCGUGUGGUCCGGUCUCUCGGGUGGAAACAAGGGAAAAGCGGUCAAGCCGCUGGCAGGAGCCAGGGAGGCGCCCAUGCAUGGCCUCAAGUCCCUCGACCUGAGCAAAAACAAGCUCGACAAUGCCGCGCUCGGGAUCCCGGACCUCUCGCGCAGAAAGCAUGCCGCCGCCUCUGCUGGCGGUGCUGCGUCGUCACCGGUGCGACUGCCGCCAUCGCUUAAGAAGCUCGAUCUAGGCCAUAACGCCCUCCGCGGUCCGAUCUCGAUAUUGGCCUUCGCAGGCCUGUCGCAGCUCGAAGACCUGAGCCUGCGAGGCAGCGGCAUCGGCGACGACGUCUUCCUGGCGCAGAAUGACGAGAGCGCUGCUGCCACGCAGGCUUUCACGGCGUUGACGACCCUGGAUCUCGGUGGAUGCGAGCUCGACGAUCUGAACAGGCUGGAGGAGCUGUUCAGCUCCAAGCCAACCAAGCCAGCCGAGUCCGCUCUGAUCGCCGAUACCGUGGUCCAGCCUGGUGACCGGGAGGCAGAAGAAGACCUCCGCGUUGCCAGCACGGGCGUUGCAGCCCACCAGCUCGUUCGGGUCGCGAACCGGCAAUCACCGUCCGACCUAGACAGGAUGGUGAAAAACAACGAUGGCGCCGUCCUCUGCCUCUUGCUCGAUGGCAACCCGCUGCGUGAGGAGGCGCUCAAGCAGAAGAGAGGCAUCCGAGCCUCUGCCUCGCCCGUCAAGCGUGCCAACCCUUCGGCGCCCCCCAACGACGCGACUGCGGCUCUCCAAGCACAGGACCCAGCGAUCGCCGCCGUCAGCCGCACCUCGAGUCCUGCGAUGCCAUCGAUGCCGGGGACGCCGUCGCGUGGGGUCGCCGAUGGCGCCGACGCCGGGACCUCUGCCGAGCCAGAUGCCGGCCCUGGCGCAGGUGGCGAGAACAUUCUCCACCAGUUCCUCCGCGGCCGCUCGACGCCUCGACGGGUGCCCGAUGGCAUCAACAAGACCGGCCUUAGCGACUGGGACGGAGAGGCGAGCCCAGUCCGUCCCAGCCGAGGCUCCAAGGAUCGCGGUACGUCUCAGCAGCGGUCCAACUCGGACGAGGCCGCGGACAAAGACCCAGGCAGCGCUCUGGCGACCGCCAAGCUCAGCACCAAGAAGAAGGAGGCUCUCGGGCAGGUGCCCUGCAAAUUCUUCCGCAGCAACGGCUGCUCGGCCGGCAGCUCCUGCCCGUUUGCCCACACGCUGCCCGGCGAUGGCCAGCAGAAGGCGACGUGUCAGUGGUUCCUGAAGGGGAGCUGCCGCUUCGGACACAAGUGCGCGCUGGCCCACGUGCUGCCAGGACAACCGAUGAGCAUGGAUCGCAAAAAUAAAAGAGCAGCGCAGCAUGGACAGCCGCUGCCGCAAGCGCCGACGCAGACGGUUCAGCCAACUAGCGCCAGCAGCGGAUCGCAGCAGGCCUCAAACAGGGCGCAGCAGAAUGGCCUCGCCCAGCAUCCAAUUCCCUCUCAGCUGCAGACUUCCCGUCAGCAGAUGUCAGACCCUCAGCAGCCUCACUCCCAAUUCUCGCAGCAGCAGCCGACCUCAUCUCCUUCCUACCUCCAGCAGCAGCACCACACGCCCCAGCCUCCGGGUCAGCGGCAGUCGUACCAGCAGCAGCCAACGAUGCUGUCGGAUGCGGCGCGCCAGCAAGUGCACUCGUUCAGCGGGCGAGACCACGAGCUGCCGUUUGGCUUACCCGACGACCUGCAAGCCGUCUCGCCACCGCCAAACAGUGCAACCCGUUCCCUUCUAGACACGCUCAACGGACCGACUGCGGAGCGCAGCAAAGAGGCUCUUGUCACGCCGCAGCACCGUGCGAACCUUCUGAGCGAGCUCAACAACGCCGGAUCGCUCAGCUCCUCGCAAAGACCGCUGGCCGUUCCAGGCACCACGGCGUCCUCAAGCUUUGGCGCCGCGCACCCAGGUCAUGGCGGCCUGAGCCUCGGCAGCCCGCCCGCAGCUAGGGCUUUCGGCACAAGCCCGUUCAGUCACCCAGGGGGACACGGUCUCUUCUUCAGCGGCAGCCAGGACUCGGAAGGGGGUGCUGGCCCCUUUGCGCGGACCGGGCGCGAUGCAAUGUUCGGGGCGCGCAGCAUGGGCCGGAUCGACGACGCUGGCACCAAGGCCAAGUGGUGGAGCAGCCUUGGCGGCGCCGGGCCAAAGGAGGAAGAAGACGAUGACGUUGACAACGACGGCACCGGAGCCGAAGACUUCCUACCGUCGAGCCUAUCGGACCUCCUCACCCCUGCCGAGCUGGAGCGGCGGCGUCGCAACUCGCAAAUGUCGACCUCGCUUGGCGCUGGUGCCAGGGAGGGUCGGGUCAUGCCGCAGAGCCUCCCGGCCCAGGCCGGCGUUGUGCUGGGUAGCAGCUUCAAUGAGGCUGGCCUUGGCUACGGGCGGCGUGCCAUUGGGGCUGAGCGAGGCCCUCGCGAUCCCGCCAGGACCGGCAACAUUUCCACCGGCUUCCUUCAGCGAAGUCAGGGCGAUGUGGACGAUGUGCAUGGUCCUCGGCCGCCCGGCGAGCGUCGCUUCUCUUCUGGACUCGACGGCAUCGCGCUGAACGAAGGUGCGGUGGCUUCGAGCCCGGGACGCGCGGCACUCCACGCACCCGGGCAGAGCCUGCCGCAGGGCCUGGCCGCAGGGCUGAGCCGGCUUCACCUGGCGGCCGGCCGUACUCCCGAUCAGGGCAACCUUGGCGUCGGAAGCGGCAGUAACAUCGGCCACCUUUCCGCUAACGCUGCUGGAUCUGCAUCGCAGCAUGCGCAGCCCGGUAACCCUCGGAACCUGGGAGCCCAUCUCAACGGCGACUACGAGCUUGGCCCGACCGCUCCAUCAUCGGUUCUCCCUCACCGCAGCCCGCUCGGCAUGGCCAUUGGCAGUGGCAGCGGGCGGCUCAGCGGCGCCUUUGGCUCCCCGGGCACCAUCGGGUCUGGCGCUCAUUUCUCGCCGUCGUCGUUUGGCGCCCAGCGCCGCACAUUUGGCGGCGAGCCCGCGUCGAUGGAGAGCGACAGCGCAAAGCACCAGCACGCCGUUGGCGCGGGUUCCGGCGUAUCUGUUGCCAUCGGGACCGGAGCCGGGCCCGGUCGGCCGCAUCAGCAUCCCGGCAUGCAGCGCCUGCGCCCGUCGUCGUCGAGCAUCACGCCGCACAGCCCGCUCACACUGCCAGAGUUCACCCACGAGGAGGUCGAGGAGGAGGCCAUCUUCGAGCUCGAAUGA